AUGUCUGAGCCAGUUUCUGAUUAUGUGAACUACACUAAGAAGAAAGGAAAGUGCAUAGAAAGGGUAGCAGAAAUUUACAACAAUGCAGAUGCUAUCAGAGCACAGGAACUUAAAGAAGAGCCUUAUGUCACUGACAUAAAGAAAACACUACAGACUAAACACACAGGAGACACUGCAUGGAGCAGGUGUUACAGACUGAGUGCAGUGUGUGUGGCGCUGCUGUGUGUUCUCCUGCUGGCUGCUGUUAUAGUGUUGUGGCUCAAAUUUAAUAGCCUAAAAACAGAAAAAGACCAGUUACAGGUCAGUUAUAACAGCAUGAGAAAUGAGCAGCAAAAGUUACAGCAAGAAACAUCACUACUGCAGAACGUGCUCUUGAAACUUGGAUGUAGAGUUUUCAACUCAAAUGUUUACUACAAUCUUACUAAGAAGAUGUACUGGGAUGAGAGCAGAAACGAAUGCAAAGCAAGAGGAGCAGACCUGGUGAUUAUAAACAGCACAGAAGAACAGGAGUUCAUUAGUACAUAUUACGGUGAUACUGAAGCUUGGAUUGGUCUGACUGACAGAGACACAGAAGGCACCUUUAAAUGGGUGGACGGUUCAUCACUGACUACUGCGUUUUGGUGGAACGGAGAACCCAACUCUUGGGUUGGGGACAGUGAGGACUGUGUUAUAACAGGCUUUAAGAAAGCUAAAUCUAACAUGUCAACCUGGGCUGAUUAUCCAUGUGACUUUCCUGUAGUUGGUAUUUGUGAGAUGAACAUAUUUAAUUAA